UGUUUUUAUUCUGAAGGAUUGGAGGUGGAAGUUUUAUUGUUUUUGCUGAGGGGUCAAACUUACAGAGACUUUUAGGUAAAGCUGAUUGUUGAACAGCGACAUGAUGCCCAGCACUACAGUGACGGACAUGUAGGGAACUUUUGAACAGAUAUUAAUGAGCUUAAGUGUUUUCUUUGAGUCGAAGCAGCUUUGACUGCUUCUCAUUCUUCCGUCUGAUUGGCUGAGUUCACCGUGUCUGUCAAGUGCCUCCUGUUUUCCCUCUCUGUGGUGCAGCUGUAUAUUUACAGGUGCAGCUCCGAUAUGACUAAGAGAAGCACGUCUCUGCAGCUUGUCAAAAGGAUGCUGAACCAUCAAUGCAGAAGGAACCCUGAGCUUCAUGAGGAGCUGCAGAUUCAGGCUGCCGUGGCAGCGGGGGACGUCUACACCGUCCGGAGGAUGCUGGAGCAAGGAUACUCGCCGAAGAUCCGAGACGCCAACGGCUGGACGCUGCUUCACUUCUCUGCUGCCAAAGGGAAGGAGAGAUGUGUGCGAGUCUUUCUGGAGCAUGGAGCCGACCCCACAGUGAAAGACUUCAUCGGAGGCUUCACAGCUCUCCACUACGCUGCCAUGCACGGAAGAGCACGCAUCGCUCGACUGAUGCUGGAAUCGGAGUUUCGCAGUGACAUUAUAAACGCAAAGAGCAAUGACGGCUGGACGCCGCUGCACGUGGCCGCCCACUACGGCAGAGACUCGUUUGUGCGCCUCCUCCUCGAGUUCAGGGCCGAGGUGGACCCGCUGAGCGACAAAGGCACCACGCCGCUGCAGUUGGCCAUCAUCCGCGAGCGCUCCAGCUGCGUGCGGAUCCUGCUGGACCACAGCGCCAACAUUGACAUUCAAAACGGCUUCCUGCUGCGAUACGCCGUCAUCAAAGGCAACCACUCGUACUGCCGCAUGUUUCUGCAGAGGGGAGCGGACACUAACCUGGGACGCCUUGAAGACGGUCAGACACCCCUGCACCUGUCGGCCCUCAGGGAUGACGUGUUGUGUGCCCAGAUGCUCUACAUGUAUGGGGCCGACAUCAACACCAGGAACUAUGAGGGCCAGACGCCGGUAGCUGUUUCUGUUAGCAUGUCCGGGAUCAGCCGGCCGUGUCUGGACUUUCUGCAGGAGGUCACAAGACAACCUCGGACUCUACAAGACAUGUGUCGAAUAAAAAUCCGCCACUGCAUCGGCCUUCAGAGCUUGAAAUUCCUGGAGGAGCUACCGAUUGCGAAGGUCAUGAAAGACUACUUAAAACACAAGUUUGACAAUGUGUGAACGAGGAGAGGAGAGGCGGACUAAAAAACUCUGUGCUGUCAUAUUUAAAGACUAUGCAAUAACCCUGCUCCUCGUGUGGAGGAGACGUCCAUGAGCUCAAGUCCACUUUGUUCAUCCAGUACAACACAUUCAACAGUUCUCAUGAUCCUCAUUUGAGCCUUCUGAUCUCAGAACAGGUGCUUAAGGAGUCAAAGAAGUCCACCUCAUGUGAACAUUUCCAACGGUUGUUGUCAGGAAAAAAGGAAAACCUCAAUUCAGUGGAGAAAGCAUUGUUACUGUGGUUACCAAGAAAAUGUGCAUGUUCUCCUUGCUGGGUUGGAUCAUAUAGUAAAACAACUCCCUGACUUUGUUCUAUUGAUUGAAUAUGAAUCAUUAAAUAGCCAAAAAAAAGCACUUAUGAUGUGCACAGUGCCAACUAGUUAGGAGUCUGCCCUGCAUGAGCAUGAGCAGAUCAUGUCAGCAGACCUCUGUUUUUUUAUAAACCGUAAAGUGGAUUGAAAUGUGAAGUUAAGGACUGCUGCAGGGUGCUCGGACAAAGUCAGGGUGUGUUUCUCACACUAAACACACUGGAUUGGAUUUACUCAAAUUAAAUGUGUCAGAAUAUUCAUUGCAUUUCUAUGCCAAGUGCUUUAAAACAAUACGAUCUCUGUUGUUUUAAUAAUCAAUAGUAUCACAAAACUGCUGAUCUUUAGUCACACGUUUAACCUGGGCUGCUGCGAACAAAAGAGAGAGAGAGAACUGUCUACAUUGCACAAAAUCAUUGGCAACAUUUCCAAUGUAUGUGUGCAGUUUAGAUCUCUCUCUCUCUCUCUCUCUCUCUCUCUCUCUCUCUCUCUCUCUCUCUCU